UAUAUUCAUCGGUUACACUUUCAUUGUUUCCCCAAAGCCAAGCAAAUAUAUGGCUGUUUGAUGAUACAGUUUUAAUCACUGGGAAACUAUCUGAGGCGAAAUCUCAGCCAAGUGUUCAGUUUCCAAAAUACUUAAUUAAACUUCCUGUGAACCACCAUAUCACUAAUGUAACAGCGUAUCUUACAGUGCCGCAGCAGUUUUUAAAAGUGGAGCAUUUCUUCUAUACAACAGGAAUUCUUUUAAAUAAAUCAGGUUUCAAAAGUAUUGAAUUGACUCCCCUUGCUGCAAUUUGCGUAAACAUAUUUUCGAGUGGGAAAGAACUGCAGGUGGAUGGCUCCAUCCAGAUCACCUUACCUCUUCUGCCUACAAGUGCAGUCAAAGCAGGAGAACCUAUCUCAGCCUGGACUUUUGAUAUGAAAACGGGUGCUUGGAUCAAUCGUGGUUUGGGAAUGGUAAAGAACAUCAAUGAUCACUUAGUAUGGACAUAUACUGCUCCAAGUCUGGGAUAUUGGAUAGCAGCCCCAUUGUCUGGAACCAGAGAUUCCAUUCUUACAACAGUUACUAAAGAUAUCACUGCCUACCACACAGUAUUCCUCACGGCGAUAUUAGGAGGCACUAUCACCAUCAUUGCUGGGUUCUUUGCACUUCUGCUUUGCUAUUGCAGGGAUAAAUGUGGCCAUCCAAAAAAGAGAAAGAAAAGUCCUACUAAACUAGACAUUUUAAAAAAAGACCAAACAACUUCAACAACUCACAUAAAUCACGUUGAUGCAGCCAAAGGGUCUUUGAAGCCAGAGGACAAAUCUAGAUUGUAUUCACCCAGAGUAGCAUUUUACAGCCCCCAGAGACGGGUUUCAGCUGAAGGUGAGGAAAGGAAAGUCCAAGACAGUUUUAAAGUUUAUACAGAAGGUACUCCUUAUCAAUUUUCUGCUAAAAAUCUCCAGUGUAGGAGCUCCCCCCAGUCCUUGGAAGCCAAAACAGAAUUGAGGCAUCUUUCGCCAGUUAAACACCUCAAUGGAAGCCUUCCUCCUUCCCAAAAUGUACAAGAACAGAAUCAGUAUCUCCCAAUGACUGAGGAAAUCUAUGGGCUCUCUUCCCUCCCAGAACAAUUAAUACAUCUCUACAGUCAGCCUGGUGCUAUGCUUCAAACAUCUGAACUAUUUCACUCCCAGGAGCAACUCCAUGCUGCAAAGUCAGCUACUUUACCAAGAAAAGGACAGUUAGUCUAUACCCCUGUGAUGGAGAGUAUGAGCCAUGAAACUUAUACCCAGACAUUGCCCAAAAUGCCAAUGCACGCUCUCUUGCAGGAACCGACUUCCAGAGAUGAAACAGUGGCUGUAGAUAGGCAACAAAGCUUGUCCCCCCAGACUGCCAACUGGGGCCGCUACACUAGUAGCUUGCUGGAGUCGGUUUCUGUCCCAGGAACAUUAAAUGAAGCUGUGGUGAUGACACCAUUUUCAUCAGAACUUCAGGGCAUUUCAGAGCAAACCUUACUGGAGCUUUCGAAAGGAAAACAGUGCCCACAUCCAAGAGCAUGGUUUGUGUCACUGGAUGGCAAGCCAAUAGCUCAAGUGAGGCAUUCAUUCAUUGAUCUCAAGAAGGGCAGGAAGACUGAGAGCAAUGAUACUAGCUUAGACUCAGGUGUGGACAUGAAUGAGCAUAAUCCAAGUCGGAAAUUGGAGAGGGAGAAAACCUUUAUUAAAAGCACGCAGCAUUCUAAGGUACUUUACCUAGAAGACUUGGAUCUGAGUACCAUUGAAUGUGGGACCAUGCUUUCCACCCCGGAGGAUCAAGCUGUGAAGCACAUGCCAGAAGGAAGUAAUGACCCCAUCGUAGAGCAAGAGCUCCUGGAAGAGAUGCCUAAAAGAAAAAACAUGGCAAAAAAACAUGAGGCCAGCCCUCCCCCUGGGAAGAAACAGGGAAUACCACGUCUAAUUAAGACAGACAGCAAAACAAACAUCUGGAAAAAGAAAGACGAGAGACCACUCAUUCCAAAAAACUAACAUUACAGUGAUGUUUAUCUUCUGAUUGUUUCAUGUCCUGUAGACUUUACCUCCUCCUCUCUUAUCAUUUUAUUUGUAAAUUUGCACUGGUUAUUUUCAGUGGGGCAGUCAGAUUUAGGUGAGAUUGCUUUUUUUGAGAGACGGAGCAGAUUACAUCUUCAUAAAAAGUAUUGUUUUCUGCAAACUAGCUCACCUUGCUUUCAACAGUUGUUAUAACAUCAGGAUGUUUCUAAAACUAUAUGUUAAAGAUUAUUCUGUGGUGUAUCUAUUCAUUCAUUCUCUGGAAGACCCCAGUAUGGAAUCUCAUUUACUUGCUUUGAAAUUAAGCAUUUACUUGCUUUGACAGGUAAAUGAGAUUCCUGCCUAAUAAAUGAGAAGUUUUGUUGAUACCAAAUUGCAUUGGUUUAGGGGAAAGUGUUUGUUAUUUUUGCAACUAGUGUCUGAUAAUGGACAUUGUCAUAAUAUGGUUUGAUAUUGUGUAGUAUGGUAUUUUUCAUUGAAAUGCCGAUAGGCGAUCUUGUAUUUCGUAUCUAAUAGAACAUCCUGCCUCACUAUAAUUCCUAUAUAGCUUUUUCUGGUGGGGGAGGGGAAAUUAAGGACCUAUUAUCCAGAAGGUAUUUCUAGUGUGAAGACUUCUGCCAUUCCAAUUUGUAUUGAGCCAAAUUGUGCUCCAUUUUUAGGAUAGCUGGAUUUAUAUUAUUGUAAUGAAUGCAGAGUUUGGCCCUUUAUGCCCACAAUGUGUGCCAUUGUAAACAUGGUCAAAAAGAUGCCUUUUUAGAUAUUUCCACCAGAAACAGCAUUCUGUACUAGCCUUAAAAAGACAAAAGAGGUGCGGUAUUAAGCAAUUUGAUAAUAUGCCUCCCUUUUCAGCUAGCUUUUUCAUAAGUCAUGAAAUUCAAUAGUUGCUUAUGAGCUGUUGAAAUCUAUUGGAUAAAUUUAGCCAUAACUAUAAUUCAAUAAUGAAAAAAUUGGGAUGAUGGGACCACUUUGUUAUACCCAUAAUUUCUAAUCUGAUAAUAAAUCUGUAAGGCAGGAAAGGGGAACACCAUAGUUUGAUAGUAUGCAAAAUGGAAGAUUUUGGAACGUUCCCUGGGGAAGGAUUCCAACAUGUAUAGAUAAGCCUUUCUUAAUGAAAGUUAUGGAUUUUGGAAUCUAUAUGGAGUCCUCUGGAAUACAUAUAACAGCUCUAAAUAUGGUUACUUGGAAUUAGAUUCUGUUGAUUUCAGUGGAACUUGUUUCACAUAAAAGUAUUCACAAUUAAAAGCUAAAAAUGCAUACAUCUCUACCUGAAAUUACAAGACAACCUAUUAUUUUCCCCUAAACAACUUUCACCAUUACCUUUUCAGUGGAGAUGCAAUUAAGAUAUUGAUACGUUUGUAUUACCUGUAUAUCUUUUGUAAUUUUUUUAAAUACAAAAUGGAAAUCUCCAUCCAUUUAGAUUUGAUGUCUUAUGAGACACUUUUAAGUAGGAGAAUUGGUGUAAAAAUGGGAAGUGAACAUAUUUGGGGAUAGAAGGAGGACUUGACAAAGAGGCAUUAAAGAUGUGGACAAAUGUUAAAUGGCAUUAGCCAUUUCUGCAAAUAGGACAAAAAUAAAAUUUCAUGCCGGACAAUUAUACAUGUCUUUAUACUAAACAUGGUAAGUGUACUUUGUCAACUGAUUUACCAUUCACUAGAAGUAUCUACUGUGUGACAUAACUGGAUUGUGCACUAUGAACAUGUUCAGGGACUCUCAAUUGGGGUGUUUGUAUAAAUUAAAUGGAAGCUGGGAUUUGGCCUGUAAGACAACAGCCAUCCUUAGGUUAUAGAAUUCAUUAUAGAGUUAAAACACUGAUUAUAUGAAGAACUGAUUGUAAGAAAUAGAAAAGAAGGAACUAUAGAAGAACAAAAUCUUCACAAAUGUUCAUUUGUUUUUUGAAUAAUAAAUUUGUUUCUGAUAAUUCAUUUUGGGCUAAGAGAAAAAUUGAUAUCCAUAAGUGAAUUUUCGCUAGAGAAGCCUGUUAACCAAAGUAUUUUGAUUUUUGCAAUCAGCUAGAAAAAUCUAAUGAUACUAAUUUUGUUAUCAGAAAGUUCCUAAAGUCAAAGUAAAAUGAAACUUAUGCAAACUAGAGGCUUUUCUCAUUCAUCAUCUCAUAAUCAUUUGAGGAGUGGCUUAUUUCUAUUGCAGUAAGGCUGUAGCCUCUGAAAUCAUGGUUGAAGCAUUAACCACCCUAUUUUUUCAGUUCAAAAUUCGUUUGUCUCAUUUAUAUUGAAAUAAAUAGAAAAAUUUGUAUACCAGGAACUUAUAGGUUCAUGGGGGACAGGUGGCACAGAAAUCAUGUUCCAACUUAUAGCAAGGUAAUGGUCUUUCUGAGUGUGAACAGAAAGUACCCUACCUUGCUAAAAAAUCACUUUUAAUUAUGUGUGAUCACAAAAAAAUUCUAUUAACAUUUCUGAGUUAUCUUUUUAAUAUUCUCAUAGGGCUUUUUUGUUUUGAAAUAAUAGAGAGAAAUGAAUUAUAUAAAUAAUAAAAAGGCCUUCUUACAUUUGUUACUAUGAAUGGAAGUAUUAGUAGCAUUUUAAUCAAAAAUCCAAGAUUUGUCGGAAGAAAAAUGAAGUAGUUCUGAAUGACAACAUUUAUUGAAAGGUCAUAGUGUGGAACCACACUACUACCUAUGUUUUGGGUUUGCUUUUCUUUAAAAAAAUGUAAAGAAAAAAUGGAACUUUGAAAGGCACAAUGAUACAGAAAUGAUGGAUUUUGAAUAAAAUAUUCUAGUUGGUUUGUC